AAAUUGCAAAAGCAAUCCUAAAUGAACUGCCCCCAAUAUGUAAAGUCGUGGGUGGUAACGUGAUAGUGAACUGUCCCCUCUGCCAUUUCGUCUGUGCGUCAUAUCUAUAACUGUCGGACCCACACCAUAUGCUCCCAAGGUCAGUCAAGGAUGUUUUGCGGAGGCUAGAGGUGAAGUUUAGAUAAGCGGAGGACAGCUUGUUGGUUAUAAUGGUCGGACAUUCUUCCUAGUUGUCCAGCGUUGUGGGGUAGAUGGCUGGGAUUAUGUUUGAACGCGUAGCCGUUUCAGCCUCCAGCAAAUAGUUGCUGCUAGCUUUUAUAUACAGUAGAUAUUAGUUCUAAGGACACAAGAUGGCUGCAGAUGACUACUAUGAGAUUCUGGGCAUCCCUAGAAGUGCUACACAAGCAGACAUCAAAAAAGCAUACAGAAAACAAGCAUUGAAAUGGCAUCCAGACAAAAACCCAGACAACAAGGAGAAUGCUGAGAAAAAAUUCAAGGAAAUUGCAGAAGCGUAUGAGGUCUUGUCUGACAAACAAAAGCGGGACAUAUAUGACAGAUAUGGGAAGGAUGGCAUAACUGGGAAUGCUGGGGGAAGUAGCAGAGGCAGCAGGGGAGGAGCCAACUUCAACUUUGAUGACUUUGGAGCUGCCCCAGGCGGGUCCUUCCAUCACUUCACCUUCAGAGACCCCGAGGAAGUCUUCAGAGAAUUCUUUGGAGGUGCCGACCCUUUCGCUGACUUCUUCAAUGACGACUUCUUUGGAGGAGGUGGUGCUCCCACGCGAGGCUAUGCCUAUGCCUCACCAUUCUCGCUCUUUGGAGCGCCCAGUUUCGGGGGCAGACACGGUGGCGGCGGGCGGCACAUGGCUCGUCGCGCCGACCCCAGCCCCGACUCCGGUCCGGAGGAACGGUGGGACUGUCCGGCGUGCACCUUCAAUAAUCAUGAACUCAUGGACUCCUGUGAAAUGUGUAGUGAGCCUCGCCCACGCAAACGGGGUCGUAGUUCCCGCACCUCGCGGUCCCGUCACGCUCACGGCGCCGGCAGCACCACGCUCUUCCAGGACAACUUCCCAGGAUUCUCCUUCAACUUCGGCAUCGGCGGUAGGAGCGACCCAUUUGCAGACGGCGGUUUUGACUUCAACCACCACUUCAUGCAGGCAGCACCUCAGCCAUACGCAAGACCAGGGGGGUUCACAUCUUUCUCUAGCUCAUCGUUUGGCGGCAGCGGCAACCGGGGAGGGAACUUCAAGUCAACCUCAACGUCCACCAAGUACGUCAAUGGCAGGAAGGUCACGACAAGAAGGAUAGUGGAGAAUGGUGUAGAGACUGUGGAGGAGGAGGUGGAUGGACAGCUCAGGUCCAGAAAAGUGGACGGAGAGGAGCAGCUGGAGAGGCUGACCUACAACUAGUGCCCACAUUCCUGUUGUGAUGUGUGAGACCAUCCGCGGCUGUGCCAUGUUGUUUCCACCUGCCGCAUGCUGUGUAAAUGACUGUGUGAAUGUCAACAACAACAACAACAAAUACUACAGCAAUACCUGCUAACACAGAACAUAGAAACUACUUACAUGUACCAUGCAGUGUAGAGAUAAAGUAGUUAGCUAGUAUACCAAGCAAGCAUUCAUGUGGAUUUGACUACAUUGCCUUGGACCAAUCCUUUAUAAUAGGGAUGACCCUAGCAGUUCAGUAGCCUUAAAUCAAAGAUUUUGCUUAUUUAAACCACUGUUUUCACAUGGUGAUUACAUGUGUUGAUCUUUCACCAAAUGAAGUGUUCUACUAGAAAACAAUUUCUAAGAAAGGAACAUCUUCUGGAAGAAAGCCAUUUCUGUACUGUGCUGUUUUCAUCCCAGAUGUACAUAUUUAGGUGACCGUGUUCGAUAGUAAACCAGCAUAGACAGUGCACAAUAUAACCUUGAAAACUUAAAAAUAUCAAGUAUUACCAUUGGUGUGGAAGGAAGGUCACAGAAGGAAAGGCCUGUCCCCACCUCACAAGCAAUGGAACAGUCCAGAUAUUGAGAAAGUUGCUAUUUGUUGUGGAACAAUCCAUUGUUUAAGAGGGAUCUAACUUGUAUUUGCUAUGGGUUUUAAUUCAAGUAUAAGAAAUCUCUGACUGGUGCAUCAUGUGGGGUGCUUUAUGAUAUUUUGAUGAAGGGUUUAUAACCUUUUGGUUUCCUUAUUUAUGCACAUUUUGCUAAGGUUGUAAGAAUAUGUAUAUUAUAUAUAAACCAGUUUGUAUUGUAAUACUCUGCAUUGCUGAAUCGAAAAUACCAGCUUAGUUCUGCUUGAGUUGAUCCAAGCUUGUUGAUUUUAUUCUGUCUAAAUCAGGGAAUGGUUUGAAACUGGAGGUUUCAAAUGUAGACUGCGCAUAUAUGCAGCACGCACAGGUUAUCAAAAUGUGAUAGAAAAGCAUACAUAGGUAAGGAAUGCUUAAACUGAUGCGUUU